CAGCUGUUUCCGGGUUCGGCGGUGCGCCCCGCGGCCGGGCGUUGCGCCUAGGUGCCCCCCUGCUCCCCUGGCUGCGCGUCUUUCACCGCCAGCAGCGUUUUGGCCCGUCUGUCCUCCCGUAGGGUGAAGGUCGGCGCCAUGGACGUGAACCAGCCCAAGCAGGAGCACUUGCUGGCUCUGAAAGGUCCUGUUUUCUACUGAUCUUUGCAGCACGGGGCAAGGAAAUUCUAGUAAAUAAGAUGUUUCAAUCUCUAUUUGAGAAUCCCAAUCAAGAGGCUGUUCUUUUUCUUAACAAUAAAUGGACUCCUACUGUACAAGCAUGGAAGUGGUCUUGCAUUAUCGACCACAUCAGAGAGAUCUAAUAAAACUGCAGAAAUUUGCAGAAGCAGCAGUGAAGGAGUUUCCCAUUCGUCGAUUACCAAGAUUUGCACCCUGGUUUCCGAAUGAUUUGUACAGACUUCCCCUCAAACCAAAAAAGCUGCCACCUGUUAUUUCUCAUGAAGAAGCAGAAGAAUUGAAGCAAAUUUCUACACCUUCAGAAUAUGUUACAGGAUCUCCUGAUUAUGACUGCACAAAAAAUCUUUCUGAGUUUCAGUCUAACAUGAAACAUGAGCAAAAUUUAAUCCAAGCACAAACUGUUCACAGAAUAAUUAACUUGGAGGAUCAAGAACAACCAGCGUCUAAUGGAAAACAGAAGUUGAAAAGGUCUUGGAGUGUCUCCGUUCCUAGCCCUAAGCUUAAAGAAAAGAUUCUUCCUUUAUCUCAAGAACUGCAAAAUAAUUUGGAAAGACUGAAACUACAUGCAUUUUAUAGAGCAAAGUGGACAAUUGAACGGUCUAUUUGUAAUAAUCAGAAUUUGGAAGACAUCUGGAUAAAAUUGAAUAGACUCAUCAAGCAGAGUGAAUUGCCAUCUUGCAAUGCUACUAUCCAAAGAUCUGUGGGACAGAUAUGGAUUUUCUGUGAUAUAUUAUACUGUGAAUAUGUUAGAAAUAUUCUUAGGGAAAAGCUAAGCCUAACUGAUAAAAUGAAUUUGCUUGUACAUAAAUUUGGAAUUAUAUUUAGUUUGUAAUAAGAUAGAAUUUCACAAUAAAAUUGCUGUCUGAGUACCAGAGUUUUUAAGCAGCUUAGAAUAUACAAACUUUAGAACUGAUGAAUUAAUGAGCAGAAAACUACGCAAUAUUACUUUGCUACAGUUCUUUUUAACAGUAAUAAUGCAUUAAUUUAACUUUGUUUUGCCAGGAGACUUAUGAAUGGUUGUAUUAGGAUUAGCAAGUUUCUGUUUGGCUUAGUAGUACAUUUUAUAGCUUUCCUCUAUGUUGGUGUGCUGAAGGAAAAAAAAUAAAAAUUCCAGAGUAUUAAGGCAA